CAUGAAAACACACACACACACACACACACACACGCGCUGACUGCAAUCAAACCCCCUCAAGCUCCCAGCAUCUGUGCUAGAUCUCUUUUCUCCUCCUCCUCCUCUCUCACUCUGUAGCUCUCCGACGCUCCGUCCUCCGCAGCUUUGACUCAUUCAGCUCUGCUUCUACCAUCCUUGCGAAGCUGAACCGCAAUACCUGAGAUCAUGUCCUCCAACCUGCCCCCAGCAACCGCCGCCGGGGCCAAAAACAAGCCCCUCUCCCCCUUCAGAAAGCGAGGCAGCCUGCAGUAUGCAGCCAGCACAGCUGAUCUCCGUGGUGCCCGCCACCUCCUCACUUCCCAGCAUUCCUUGCCUGGGAUCCCUGUUGCCUUGAAACAGUCCAUUGACCUGCGAACAUCCAUGGACGGAAAGUACAAAGAGAUUGCUGAGGAGCUGUUCUCCCGCACGCUGGCGGAGAGUGAGAUGCGCAGCGCCCCUUAUGAAUUUCCUGAGGACAGUCCCAUCGAACAGCUGGAAGAGAGACGCCAUCGCCUUGAGCGGCAGAUCAGCCAGGAUGUCAAGUUUGAACCUGACAUCCUCCUGCGAGCCAAACAGGAGUUCAUGAAGACUGACAGUGCCACAGAUCUCGAAUACAUGAAGGAUCAGAGCCAAGAUCCUGACCUGCAGGAGAGAGAUCCGAUUCCAGUGAGAGAGUACCAGCGAGUUGCUAUUUCUGGAGAAGAGAAAUGUGGGGUUCCCUUCACAGAUCUGUUGGAUGCGGCCAAAUGUGUGGUGAAGGCUCUGUUCAUCAGACAGAAGUAUAUGGGUCUGUCGCUGCAGAGUUUCUGCAAGACCACCGCUAGAUACCUGCAGGAGCUGAGUGAGGGACCUCUGGAUUUAGAUAUCUAUGAGGACGAGAUCCCAGAGACCGCAGGAGCUGCAGAUUCCACAGUGCACCCACCUGUUUCUAAAAUGCACCCCUAUGAGAACCAGGACCUUGCCAGCAUGCCCCAUGACAUGGGUUACGGCUGCAAGAUGGUGGAUGGUGUCAUGCAUGUGUACACAGCGAGGAACAUUAUGGAAAAUUGUGAUGUUGCUAACAGGAGCACAGAGCUGGACCUGCCGUAUCCAGACCUGCGGGAGUACAUCGCUGAUAUGAACGUCAUGAUGGCCCUCAUUAUCAACGGACCAGUAAAGUCCUUCUGCUACCGUCGUCUACAGUAUCUUAGCUCAAAGUUUCAGAUGCACAUCCUGCUGAAUGAGAUGAAAGAGUUGGCAGAACAGAAGAAAGUCCCACAUCGAGACUUUUACAAUAUCCGUAAGGUCGACACACAUAUUCACGCUUCGUCCUGCAUGAACCAGAAGCACCUUCUGCGUUUUAUCAAAAGGGCCAUGAAGAAGUAUCCUAAGGAGAUUGUGCAUGUGGAAAGAGGAAAGGGUCAGACGCUCAUGGAGGUGUUUGAGACAAUGAACCUGACAGCCUUUGACCUGAGCGUGGACACCCUGGACAUGCAUGCAGACCGUAAUACUUUUCAUCGCUUUGACAAGUUCAAUGCCAAAUACAACCCCAUCGGCGAGUCCAUCCUGAGAGAGAUCUUCAUCAAAACAGACAACCACAUUGAGGGGAAAUAUUUUGGCCACAUUAUUAAGGAGGUGAUGGCUGACCUGGAGGAAAGCAAGUACCAGAACGUGGAGCUCAGGCUGUCGAUCUACGGGCGCUGCAGAGACGAGUGGGACCAACUAGCCAAGUGGGCUGUUAAACAUCAGGUCUACUCCAGCAAUGUGCGCUGGCUUGUGCAAGUUCCACGACUCUUUGACGUCUAUCACACAAAGAAACAGCUGUGCAACUUCCAAGAGAUGCUGGAGAAUGUCUUCCUGCCUCUGUUUGAGGUUACAGUCGACCCCCGCAGCCAUCCAGAGCUGCACCUCUUCCUUCAGCACGUUGUGGGUUUUGACAGUGUGGAUGAUGAGUCAAAACCAGAGCAACAUAUCUUCAACCUGGACUCUCCGCUGCCAGUGAACUGGACAGAGGAGGACAACCCGCCCUACUCCUACUACCUCUACUAUAUGUAUGCAAACAUGACUGUGCUGAAUAACCUGCGCAGGCAGCGAGGGUUCCACACGCUUGUCCUUCGUCCUCAUUGUGGGGAGGCGGGGCCGAUCCAUCACCUGGUGUCUGGUUUCCUGCUGUCAGAGAACAUUUCCCACGGGCUGCUGCUCAGGAAGGCUCCUGUGCUGCAGUAUCUGUACUACUUGGCUCAGAUAGGUAUCGCCAUGUCCCCUCUCAGCAAUAACAGCCUGUUCCUCAGCUACCAUCGUAACCCCCUGCCAGAGUACCUGUCCCGAGGCCUCGUUGUCUCUCUGUCCACAGACGACCCUCUGCAGUUUCACUUCACCAAGGAGCCCUUGAUGGAAGAGUACAGCAUUGCUGCUCAGGUGUGGAAGCUAAGCUCCUGCGACAUGUGUGAGCUGGCCAGAAACAGCGUGCUGAUGAGCGGAUUCUCGCAAAGGGUGAAGAGAUCCUGGCUCGGCCCACAUCACAUCAAGGAGGGGCAGGAGGGUAAUGACAUCAGGCGCACCAACGUCCCUGACAUCCGUGUGGCGUACCGGUAUGAGACCAUGUGUGAGGAGUUGAAUUUAAUCACACAGGCCAUCCGCACAGAUGAGCUGGAGACCAUCGAGGAGGAGGGGAGUCUGUGUAUGGGAGCUGUGCAGGCAGAGAAGUGAACAUGCAGCACAACACAAACACAUUUCUCAUUACAUUCCCUGUUUUCACAUCAGGACUUUGUACAGACUAGCACAUCAACAUAUCACACCUGUGAAAAGAGAAAAGCUUUGUUACAAGAAUAUUAUGAGAGUUGCUACUGUGGCAUUAUGAGAGAGGACCUACAAGCUGUGUACCCAAGGAGUUUACUUCCUUUAGUGUCCUGUGUCAUUCUUUGUUUGAUUUGUCAAGUUGAUUUCACGAUGUCUCCUGAUUAUUUUUUAUUAUUAGAUUUUCAUGGUUUGCGACAACAUUAUGUCAGAGUUUAUGUACAAAGUCUGUAUUUCCUGUACAAAGCAUUGAAUAAUAUUAACAUUCAUGAUUCAACCCAUUAAUAAAACUUAUCAACUGAAUCCAACACUGACCGAUUAAAGUAAGAGGACGAUCUGGAACAAUUCUGCCAAGUAAAGAGUCUCUAUACGUACAGGGCUGUAUCAUUGAGGACACAAGGUCAUGUUCUUGGCAUCUUUUCUGCCAAUUUUGUGGGUUAUGGUGACCUUGGGGGAGUUUACUUUAUGCAGUUAGAAACAUACACAUGGUGGGUAUUUUCUAUUUUUAAUUUGACUACCUUUAGCCCCACAAAAUGACCAAAUGUGCAGCUUUGAAACCUGAUACUUGAGAAAGAAGAGACAAAGUUCUGAGUUAGUUAUUUUAUUUUGAGUUUAGUUAGUUGUUGGUUUUAAGGAGCUGGUUGCACAAGCUGUUCAAACAUAACUAAGUGUAGCUUUAAGUGGAGAUUUAUCUAUCACUACAAUAAAACAUUUUCCACCCCACAAACUAGUUCUUACAAUGAGAUUAGUUGUCACUAAAUAUGUCCACAGACUAUCUAGCGAAAUUAACUACCUGGCAAAGCUAACAUAGCUUGCUAAUAUCAUUGGUUAGGUAAGGGCAAUCACAUAUUUUCCACUCAUUCAAAACUUCCCCAAAUACUACUAACUGACACACAUAUUUCUCCAUGAAUGCAUAUAUUAAUUAAAGGUAUACCGAUAUUUACAAAUGAUUGGCAGUUAACAUUUAAUUUUCAGAAGAUUGUUGGGCCUCCAAAAAGCUGUGAUGAAACAGUUUCUGUUUACAAAGUUGAUGGCUUUUGAUUGGACGGCGCUACAGAUGUUUCCUUGCAACCGAAGUGUUCAUUCAGACAUUUCUUAGGUUUUAAUAAAUCAAAAGUUUAAAACUAUCUAUUAGUUACUAAGAACUGAGGAAUGACACAUACACACAUACACACACU